CAAUCUCACAUUCACAUCUCACGCACGCGCAUCUUUUAAUUGUUUCUCUCCAUCUUCACCGUUUCAUUACGAAACUCCUUUCUCUCUCUCUCUCUCAAAAAGAGCCUCUUUCGUCUCUCCGGCCAGCUGAAUCGAAUCGAAUGUUUAUCCGUUGAUUCAGUGUGUGAGAUGCUUAAGGAAAGACGGGUUCUGCCGGUUUCAAGCAACAGAGACAGGGUAUCGCCUUACCCGCUACGCUCUUGUCGGAGCAAGAAACAAAAAGAAGCCGAGUCGUCAUCUCCUCUCGAUUCAGAGAGUGUGAGCGAAUGGGAGGAUGUUAGGUGUGUGAUCUGCAUGGAGCCGCCGCACAAUGCCGUCCUCUUGCAAUGCUCUUCCUUCUCCAAAGGAUGCCGUGCUUACAUGUGCGACACUAGCGCGCGUCACUCCAACUGCUUCAAGCAGUUCCGCAGAAACAAGAACACAAGCCGAUGCAGUGUCAAGACUCUUACCUGUCCCUACUGCAGAGGAGACGUUCACGGGACGGUGAAGUCUACCUCCGCGCGGAGAUUCAUGAAUGCCAGACCGAGGUGCUGUUCUAUGGACAAGUGCGGUUUCUCUGGGAGCUAUUCUCAGCUCAAGACUCACUUGAAAGCUGAGCAUCCGGGCUUUACGCCUCCGAAAGUGGACCCUUUGGAGAAACGCAAGUGGGAUGAUUUGGAGAGAGCGGAGUUCAUUGAGAUGAUCAACGCUCGUCAGAGAUGGGAGUCAGAACAGAGAUCUCUCUAUCAGCUUCCGCAUCACCAUCCCUUGAUCGAUCUCAACUUUGAUGCUUUCAUGCACAAUCUUUUUAUUGGUGUGAGGGGUGGUCAAGCAAGUGAUGCUAAUACUUCAAUGCCCCGGUUGGAGUUUAAUGGUACCAGAUGGACUCCGUGAAAAUUAUUCCAAGUGCCGAGUGUAUGUUGAAUUCAAUCCAAGUUUUGAUUUUUAUACAUACUGUACUCUCUCACUGUUUAGGUUUCUAUAGUGACAUCAGCUCUUGUUCUAGGCAUAAUUCUUACAUUGUUUGUAUUUAUGUUUCAGUUAGUCAAGUGUUGUUCCAUAGCUGUGGGUUCAUCUUCGCAUAUUCAAAAGAUUCUGUUUACAUCAAAAUAUUCAUUCAUAGGUUUCAUACUUUGUUACAUGGUUGCAAGA